AUGAGUCUGAUGGUGUUCCGCUUGGGUGCCGUAAUCGCGGCAAUUUCAUCAGCAGUGGCAUUUCUGUCACUUUUGAGUGUGUUUCCAAUGUUGCUCAAUGAGAUCGCCUCAAUGGAGAAUGAACUGAACGAGUAUCGAGAUUAUUUCGUUGUGAUGUCCAACGACAUGUGGAAUGAAUUGCAAGCAAUGAAUGUGAACUCAGCGAGACGUUCACGUGGCAUCGCCAUUAAGCAACAACAUCGCUCAUUGGGUUGGCACAAACGAAGAACACGUCAAUAUCCAGGCGAGAGUUAUGAAGUUGGCCCAAUGGCUGAGGAAGACUCCGGAUAUGCGUAUAGCAAUGGUUACAGUGCUGUUAGUGAACAAGGAGGAGGUAAGAAAUGUCCACCAGGCCCAAGAGGACCGCCGGGUGAGCCGGGUGAAAAGGGUGAAGAUGGCCCACCGGGUGCACCUGGAAAGCCGGGCAUAAAUGGCUUGGCAGUAGCCAUGCCCUCACGACCAUGUCCACCCUGUCCAUCAGGACCACCCGGAUUCCCUGGAUACAAAGGACCAAGAGGUCCACGAGGACCACAAGGCAAAAAAGGACAGCCAGGACGUCCAGGUUGUGAUGGAGAAGCCGGAGAAGAGGGACAAGAAGGCGAUUUCGGUCCGAUUGGAGAGACUGGACCAACGGGAGAAAGAGGUCUUGAUGGUGAGUACUGUCCGUGUCCGGAGCGUACGUCAGAUAUGAAUUGGCCAGCAAACGCCCAAAGUAAUGAGCCACCGCCACGUGCUCAAAAAGUCUCAAGCCAAACUCAAAAGCUAUACGCGAGACCAGCUAUCUCACCUGAAGCUGGCUAUUCAGCCGAAGAUGCAUCGUACGGAUUUGUUGAAAGCAGAGAAGGACUGGAUGCACCAAGCGCAGAACCACUACGAGCGCCGCCUCAUCCAAGAAAGAAAUCUAGUGGAUUUUCGAAAUUAAGAGCCGCACGUAACAGUGCAUCAUCGGAGAUGGCUGCUGAUAGACAAUCGCCAGCAAAACCGGCCUCAAUAGAUCAAAUUUCCUCAGACGAAUACGGACGCGAAGUGGAUGAUAACGAUCAAUGGGCACCGCAUAAUUCGAAAUUCAACAAAAGUUCCGAAACCGGACUGGACUAUUCUAGAGAGAAGUUCUCACGGAAUGGAACCGGAACGAAAUCGCGUUUAAACGGAGACCAUGGCAAUUCACUGCAGUUACAAGAAGAUUUCAUCACUGAAGACGACCUGAAUGCGCCAUCCAGGGAGUCGAUAACAGACAGUGUAGAGGCAUUCAUUGAAGGCUUGAAUUCGUUUGAAAAAAGUGAUGAAAAUGAGGAAGAUCAACAAGGCAAUAGUAAAUUGAAUGGGGUUGCUGAAGUGGUAGAGUUAUACCCAGUUGAAGCUAAACCCUACUACAAACGUGCUCUCGAUUCAACGAUUCGACCGAAGCACCCAACUCGUCCAAGCUAA